AAACUUAAACGCAAACACAAAACCAAAUACAAGAAAGAAAGCAAGGAACAAAUAAAAAAAACAAAAAGACAAGACCAAUUCCAACGUUUGAAUUUUGACUAAAGAGAAAGGAAGCACCCAAACGCCAUUCAAACAUGUCUUGCUCCGUCGCAGUUUCCAAUUCGCCGGUGUUCUCUCCUUCUUCCUCCCUCUUUUGCACGAAGCAAUCCAUCAUCACUUCCUCACCGGAAGCCCUAAACCUUUCCCUCUCUCAUCUCAAGAACGCUUCUUCUUCUACGGCGUCGUCUUGCUCCUCCUCCUCUUCCCCUUCUUCUUCUUCCUCACCUUCCUCUCCCUUCCGCCUUCGCCUUCCUAAGCCUCUCACCGCCUUCUCUGCCUCCACUCCCUCCUCCACCUCCCCCAACGCCACCGUUUUGAAGAGGAAGAGACCGGCCAAGCUUGACAUACCCAUUUCUUCUCUCACCUUUGGAGUUCCGGCGACGCCGUCCGCGGUGGCACGUGAUGUCGUUGAGGCUGAGGGAGAGGGGUUUACUGUGUAUUGCAAGAGAGGAAGGAGGGAGUACAUGGAGGAUCGUUACACAGCUGGAGAUAAUCUACGCGGAGAACACAAACUGGCCUUUUUUGGUAUAUUUGAUGGGCACGGAGGUGCAAAAGCUGCUGAAUUUGCUGCUAGGAACUUAGAAAAGAAUGUCUUGGAUGAAGUGAUCAUAAGAGAUGAAGAUGAUGUUGAGGAGGCAGUGAAGCGUGGGUACCUCAACACGGAUUCUGAUUUCUUAAAAGGGGAUCAGCACGGUGGCUCUUGCUGUGUAACAGCAUUGAUUAGGAAUGGUAACCUUGUUGUGUCCAAUGCUGGUGAUUGUCGUGCUGUGAUUAGCAGAGGAGGUGUUGCAGAGGCCCUAACAUCUGAUCACAGACCUUCAAGGGAAGAUGAAAGGGACAGAAUUGAGACUCUGGGUGGCUACGUUGAUUUAUGUCGUGGUGUUUGGAGGAUCCAGGGAUCUCUUGCUGUAUCUAGGGGACUUGGAGAUCGACACCUGAAACAAUGGGUGACAGCAGAACCUGAGACCAAAGUUCUCAGAAUUGAACCUGAACAUGACUUGUUAAUAUUAGCUUCAGACGGAUUGUGGGAUAAGGUUAGUAACCAGGAAGCAGUAGAUAUUGCUCGUCCUUUUUGCGUAGGGAACAACAAACCGCAACCAUUGCUGGCCUGUAAAAAGCUUGUAGAUUUGUCUGUUUCACGAGGCUCUAUGGAUGAUACUAGUGUUAUGCUAAUCAAAUUGGAGCACUAUAUCUGAAGUUUCAUUAGUACAAGAGAAGGUGUUACCUGAUGUUAGAGUAGCUGAUUCUUUUCUGUAGAUAUACAUAAUAUAUCUGACAACAUUUAUUGGAAUUUUUUGCACCCGUAGACGGGAAGGGAUAUUAACAAAAUAACAUUUAGUAAUUUUUUUAGUAGAAUGAUAUUGAUGUA